AUGCGCCCCGUUCUCUCCUUCUUUAUUAUCCCUGAAGUCUAUAGUCGAUAUGUCGACGUAUCUACGGAUUAUUUCAAAAAAUGUUGCAGCAAAAUUUUUAAGAAGUUGACUAAAGGUGAUUUUGUCGCUAAGCGUCGUUUCGUGAAAGUUGAAGAGGAGUCGGGAGAUUCAUAUACUCUUGACCUAGUUGGUGAGUCCAACCCUCCGACUGGGUAUAUUCUGCUUGCUCAACUCGACGAGGAAGACGGUUCCAAGGAUAUAUCCUCUCUGAAGUGCUUUUAUCUAACUAUUAAGAAAAAUACUUCGGAUAGCUCCUUCGCCCUCUCGGACGCUUCAUCGAUAGGUAAGUUUCAUUAUAUAUGA